AUGAAUUCUUCAAUAUGGUUUAUUUUAGUGGUCUUAGUUAUUUCGGUGCAAUCUAUACAAUUGGGCACUGGACCACAAACAUUUACCAAAAAUGUACCAGCAAUCCGAAAACCUCAAAAACAAGAGAUUAUCGUAUACCUAACACAAAGCCAAAUUAAGGCCUUACAAGAGGGCAAGGGUAACAUUAAUUAUCAGCUAAUCAAUCAAGCUAAAACUUCUGAAGAAAACCAGGAAGAAUCAGAACAGGCUCAACAAGAACAAGAGGAACUGUUCCAGUUAAGGUCUCUUGAAGAAGACUCUGAAGCAUUGGAAGAGGAAAACAAUGAGAAACCAUCAUUGGUACCAGUGGAAGAACCUAACUCGGGAGAAGUUGAAGAAGAGCCUCAACUUUCAUUGGUAUACAGAUUAUCUCAAAACAGAAACUUAUUGCCAAUUUCUAUAGAUAAUCUCGCCAACCUUAGAUUUACUUCUGAAACUGAAGAACAGACUGAAGAAAAUCAAACUGAAACAGAAGAAGGUGAAGAAGAAACGGAGGAUGAUCAGCUAGAAGCACAACCGGAAUCUCAGUCAGAAGCACAGCCAGAAGCUCCUCGACAGCAAGUAUUCCGGUUGGUAGCCUCUGAAGGCACUACUGAGAAAAGCACAACAAACAAGGCUCCGCGAGAAGACCCUCUUAGGGAACGCUGGCUUCGUUUGUUGGAACUAAAUCGUUCACAGUUAAGAAAUGCAUUGCCAGCGCAAGACAAUGUCACCACCACUACAGAGCAACUACAAGCUGAACCUGAGACUAAUUUGCUUAAACUUAGAUUCUUGGUGAGAAAUAAUAGUCAGAAACAGGCAGUCAAAAGCCAAGACAAACGCAUAAAAAAUGUAUUAGAACAGCAACAAGCUCUUAUUCAAGCCGAAACUCGUGGACAGAAUACUCCCACUCAAAGCCGUACAGAAGUCACAAUUACAAAACAGAACCAGCCACGUUUAAUUCAGAUAACUAAGCCAAGUUUUGUAAAGGUAACAAGAAACAAAAAGGCGGGAGCGAAUAAACUAGCAGUUGCAGCACCUGCUGAAAAGGCACCCAUAACAAAGCGCCGUGGACCCGUCUCACGUCAACCAAAAAGAUUAACCAUUAUUAGACAUAUCUGGGAGAAAUGA